CUAAAACAUACAUGCAUCUAAGCGCAUAAUCACAAUAUAUACAUAGGUACGUUGUUGGUGAUCAUUAAAACUUGCGUCCGGGUCUUUGAGAACGUUUAGUAUAAAGUCUUGGGUUCCUGAUGCCUCAAAUAAUUUAUAAACUGCAGGACAUAAGUACAUAAAGCGAUUCAGAUAAUUCAUGUUUCGUCCAACAGAAAUGGAAAAUAUUUUUGGUGUUAUUUCAGUAGUGGCGAUUGGGCUUUUCGUCCUCAUCAAUAACCAAGUUGACGGAGAAAUCAUUCCAUACAGCUACGCUCGUGGUCGAGAUGUGGCCGCGGUGGAACGACGCUACCAAAAUUUUCAGAAUGCAAAAGCUCGCGGAGCAUCGACCGAUGAGCUCAAUGAAAUUUGCGGUCCAGUUGCCCAACAUCAAACCCAGUGCGCUUUAGCUGGACGACCUUCCGACGCUGCGACAAUGUUUUGUGACUCAAUGUGUUGUCUCGCAGGAAGCAAAGUUGGAAACUGUGGCAAAGUGAAGCUGCAAAUUAAACCGGAUUGGCUUGCAUUAAUUACCAGUCUGACGUCCAAUAACACUUUGAGUAGCCUGAAGAACUUGAAUCCUAAGUUGGCGAAGGAGUGUAGUUGUUCGGAUGACCCAGCCGAUGUGAAAUGUGGUCCAGAUGGAUCGUUUCUUGGAAUACGAUGUCCAUUUGAUAACAGUGCUUGUUGGCGAAAAUGUUGCCGACAAGGGAAAAGUGAUGGAAAAUGUAGGUGGUUUUCAUGCAAGUGUAAGUAACCUGAUGGAUGUGUUUAACUUGAAAUAAAAAAUGUUCAAAUAAGUAAAAUUGAAGACACUUUAUUUGAACUGAACAUGAACUGUGUCGUUACGCCGAGUAAUAGUAAGCAGUACAUAUUGUGCCUAAAACUUAAGUUAAAGUCGAAUGAGACCAAUUUUUCUCAGUUGACAAACUGGGAAAAACUCAUUUUGACGUAGAUAAUUUGGAACUUUUGAAUUUUUGUAAAAGAAAAAUUCGCAUACACUUUUUAAGAAUGGAUAACACUUUCAGAAACCAAUAUGUGGAUAGAUAGAUGUUAGCUUUAAAUACAUAGUAGUUCGAAAAUCUGCGCAGUACCAGUUAUUAUUUAGAUGGACAUGCUUAUUUGCGUCAUAAUUAACGCAUAAUAAAUAUGUACGAUGAGCAAUAAACAUGAAUCUGCUCUGAUAUUCUGCGAAACCGGAGAAUCACAAUUCUGAUUGGGAUGAAUGAAACACAUUGCUUAAAUAAGUUGAACCAAGUAAAUAUUUUUCAUAUGCUAAAUUUCAUAUUCCAUUUUUCUAAGAAAAGUCUUUUUUCGUACAAUCUGUUUCCCGAGAGUCAUCAAUUUCUAAGAAAUGACAGCUUAAUAGAUUAAGGAGAAAUGAACCCAAAUGGUGCAUGUUUGUGGUCUGAAGGUCUGGUGUCAUGCAUUUUUUCGUUUGGUAUUUAAAGGAUGCGUUUGCAAACCUACCAACUACAUUCACAUACAACUUUCGCACUUGUUAUACAAUUAGAAAUUUACAGUUCAGCAAAACUAUGGCUGUACACAAGCAACUCUGUUUAGCGUUCGCUCUGAUAACUCUGCUGUUGGCGGGUCAAUCAACCGGUGAAGAGGUAACCAUAACCAAUCGCUGUUCGGGAAGGCUUUUGGUGCGAACCACGGGUGCCAAUCGAGGUCCAUUCUUCCUCAACGCUGGCGGCUCAACUACACUUGGCAUUCAGAGAAAUGUGGUCCCAACCCCAAGAAUUGAAGCUGUUUUGAACUGUGACGGCUCUGGGCACAAUUGCGAUGCGGAUGGCAAUUACAAAAGUUUAGCCGAGUUUCACUGGGAUCCAUCUGGAAAGACUUGGUAUGACGUGAGCAUGGUGGACGGUUAUAAUCUUCCGGUUGCGAUUUCUCCGUAUAAUCCUGGCGUGGGUCCAGUCGAAUGUGCAACGACGUCGUGCAACUUUAAUCUGAAUAAUUGUCCAGAUGAGUCGAAAGUUUGGGGGUCUGGAAAUCGCUUGGUAGCCUGUCGAAAUCGAAACAGGGAUGAUGGAAAUACAGCAUAUGCGAGAACCAUGAAUAGAUUUUGUCCUGAUGCCUACUCGUGGUCAAAAGAUGAUCAAAGACGACCAAGUCCAAUGAGGUUUAGUUGUAAUCCGGGAAAUAAUGGAUUGCGAGUGACUUUUUGCUGAAUGUUGGAAACAAAAAUAUCUGAUAUUUGCAUAUUUAUAUAACAAUAAAACUUAUUUAUGACAAAAGUUUUCACACUAGGAUCAUAAAAUGUACCCCAUAAUCAAUAUUAAACAAAAAUGUAAUAUUUAA